AUGUAUAUUAUUGGAGAAUCAGAACAAAAAGUCAUGCAAGAAGUAAUUAAGAUACGUGCAAAACUUUCAUACUCAAGUCAUAAGCAAAGCGAGACAAAACAGUUUAACUUCAACAAAAAUCAUCAUGCCAGAUAUAAGUGUCAUUUUAUAAUAGAUAGACAACUUCAGGCAAAGUUGAUUCGAAUGUUCAAUGAUGCCCCAAAUACUUAA